UCUCCGGCAUUGGCCGAGAGAACUGACCAAUGGGGAGCUCCGGGAGGCGGGCCUAAAACGCCGCCGCCUGGAGGAAGCCCAGUACAUUUCAAGUUGGCCGCUUCCUGGGCUCCGCGUGCGGGAGGGGCAGCAGGCUCCUCAAGUGUGACGGGUUUCUCAGACUUUCCUGUUUUCGAUGACUGACAGUUUUGUGGAGUUGAGUAUACAGGUUUUCUCACUGGAUCUCUGAAUACCCAGGCCCCCUCCACUAUGGCCAGCCGGGGUGGGGGCCGAGGUCGUGGCCGGGGCCAGCUGACCUUCAACAUGGAGGCUGUGGGCAUUGGGAAAGGGGAUGCUUUGCCCCCACCCACUCUGCAGCCUUCUCCACUCUUCCCUGUGAGUCUCUUCACUCCCUUCCCAGACUCUCAUGUGCCCCUGGCCGACUACAUGAUUCUGGGUUCCUCCCAGACCAUCAUAAAGUCACUCUGGGAGGCCGAGCCCCUGGAGUUUCGCCCAGUACCUCUGCCCUCGGGAGAGGAAGGGGAGUAUGUCCUGGCACUGAAGCAGGAGCUACGAGGAGCCAUGAGGCAGCUCCCCUACUUCAUCCGGCCAGCUGUCCCCAAGAGAGAUGUGGAGCGGUAUUCAGACAAAUACCAGAUGUCAGGUCCCAUUGACAAUGCCAUCGACUGGAACCCUGAUUGGCGGCGUCUACCCCGGGAGCUAAAGAUCCGAGUGCGGAAGCUACAGAAGGAACGGAUUACGAUUCUGCUUCCAAAGAGGCCCCCUAAGACCUCGGAAGAUAAGGAGGAGACAAUACAGAAACUAGAGACCCUGGAGAAGAAGGAAGAAGAAGUAACUUCAGAGGAAGAUGAGGAGAAGGAGGAAGAAGAAGAGAAGGAAGAGGAGGAAGAAGAAGAGUAUGAUGAGGAAGAACAUGAAGAGGAAACUGAUUAUAUCAUGUCAUAUUUUGACAACGGAGAGGACUUUGGGGGAGACAGUGAUGACAAUAUGGACGAGGCUAUCUACUGAAGAAGGACUCGGACCCUCGUAUGUUUCUUGAGGAUGCAGAGUAGCUGUCCCUAUUAUUUGGUUUAUCGGACAAACAAAUCAUUUGGUCAGAGUUCACAUAAUCUGUCUGGUCCCUGGAGAUGGGAAUGGAGGAUGAUGACAUUUUAUUUUCUCUGCUUCCCCUCCUUCCACGUUUGUAUCACCUCUGAUAUCUUGGGGAAAGUGCAAAGGACAAAUAUGUCAGUUGCAUGAAAGGAGAAAGGAGAAGUGAAAGAACUGGGGUUGUUAGAGCUGAGAUGGCUCUACCCCUACCCAGUUUGUAUAACUCUUUGUGGAGAUCAUUAGGGCUGGGAGCAGUCUGAAGGAGUAAGACUGGUUUUAUAUUUUUAAAUAAAGUGUUUUUCUCUGUC